UAUAUACAAGAAAUUUUACGUAAUGGGAACUAAGUAUUAAACUACAGUGAAAUAGAUGCGUUGACUAAUACUAAAGAUUCCUAAUUCGCGAUUUGAGAAUGGAAUGGUUCUCAAUUUUUGUGGUUGGCCUUUGGUUGGGCUUAGCGAUGGCUAAAUCAGAGUCCAGCUAUAACUACUAUCGACUGCCGACAUCUUUACGACCCCAAAAGUAUUACUUGAGUAUUCUGACCAAGCUGGAAAAUCCGGAGGAUCUUCGGUUUAACGGAACUUCAAAAAUUCUAGUAGAAGUUUUAGAAAAUACCAGUAACAUCACAUUGCACUCAAAGAAUCUGACCAUCAAUGAGUCGGAGAUCACUCUUCGUCAAAUAAAAGGUGAAGGAAAUCCGGACAACUGCGUGACCUCCACAUCGGUGAAUCCCACCCAUGACUUCUAUAUCCUUAACACCUGCAAGGAGUUAUUGGCUGGCCAUGUCUAUGAACUGAACUUACCCUUCUCAGCUGAGUUAAACCGACAACUUGAGGGCUACUACCGCAGUUCCUACUUGGAUCCUGUGACCAAUGAAACGAGAUGGAUAUCCAUUACCCAAUUCGCACCGGCUUCGGCACGAUUGGCUUUCCCUUGCUUCGAUGAGCCUGGGUAUAAGGCACCCUUUAUAAUCACAUUGGGUUAUCACAAAAAUUACACGGGUCUGAGCAAUAUGCCAGUGAGGGAAACUAAGCCACAUAAGUACCUUCUGGAUUACAUUUGGACGGAGUUCCAAGAGUCGGUGCCGAUGUCUACCUACCUGGUUGCAUAUUCUGUAAAUGAUUUCUCCAACAAGCCAUCAACAUUACCAAAUAGCGUCCAAUUUCGAACCUGGGCUCGUUCCAAUGCCAUUGAUCAGUGCGAUUUUGCGGCUGAAUUUGGACCCAAAGUUCUGCAGUACUACGAUGAGUUCUUCGACAUUAAAUUUCCGCUUCCGAAGAUCGAUCAGUUUGCAGUGCCCGAUUUGAGUUACAAUGCCAUGGAGAACUGGGGUCUGGUGACCUUUAGGGAGUCCAGACUUCUUUUCUCUCCAGGUCAUUCCUCUCUGGCGGACCAACAGAUGUUGGCCUAUGUAGUGGCCCAUGAGUUGGCUCACCAAUGGUUCGGCAAUCUGGUCACAAUGAAGUGGUGGACUGAUCUCUGGCUCAACGAGGGAUUCGCCACUUACGUGGGCAGCUUGGGUGUGGAGAACAUCCAUCCCGAUUGGCAUUCAAAGGACAGAAGUGCUCUAUCCUCUAUGAUGACCUCUUUUCGACUGGAUGCUUUAGUAAACAGUCACCCAAUAUCAAGGCCCAUUCAAAUGGUGUCGCAGAUUACUGAAAGUUUCGAUGAGAUCUCGUACCAGAAGGGAUCUUGUGUGCUGCGUAUGAUGCACUUGUUUCUGGGAGAAGAUGCCUUCCGAUCCGGAUUAAAAUCGUAUCUACAGUUAUAUGCGUACAAAAAUGCCGAACAGGAUAAUCUUUGGGAGUCCCUCACUCAAGCUGCACAUAAAAAUGGUGCAUUGUCGAAUAACUACGACAUCAAGACAAUAAUGGACUCUUGGACUCUGCAAACCGGCUAUCCUUUGGUCAAUGUAACCCGUGACUAUACGGCAAAAACCGCUAGGCUCAGUCAAGAACGAUACCUCCGGAAUAUUGCUAUUUCAAGAUCCGAGCAUGGUCAAUGCUGGUGGAUCCCACUGAGCUACACGACCCAGAAUAAAAAGGACUUCAGUAACACGGCGCCCAAGGCCUGGAUGGAGUGCACCAGGACUGGCGAAAGUAUUCCCAAGACCAUCCAGGAUCUCCCUGGACCCGAUCAGUGGGUGAUUUUUAACAACCAGUUGUCGACACCUUACAAAGUAAACUACGAUGCCCAGAAUUGGAGACUUCUGAUCAAGACUUUGAACAGCGAGGAGUUCCAGAGUAUUCACGUCAUCAAUAGGGCCCAGCUCAUAGACGAUGUCUUGUACUUUGCUUGGACAGGGGAACAGGACUACGAGACCGCACUGCAGGUGACCGACUAUCUGCAAAGGGAGCGGGAUCUUCUUCCUUGGAGAUCGGCAUUCAACAAUCUAAAGUUGCUGAAUCGCAUACUUCGACAAACUCCCAACUUUUUGUUCUUUAAACGCUACAUGAAAAAGCUCUUAAGUCAAAUCUACGAACACCUGAACGGCAUGAACGACACAUUUAGCUCGAUUCUACAGGAGGACCAGAUCCUAUUAAAGACGAUGGUGGUCGAUUGGGCGUGCCAGUACCAGGUGUCCGAUUGCGUACCCCGGUCACAGUCCUAUUUCCGUAGGUGGCGAUCUGAGCCUAAUCCAGACGGAAACAACCCGAUUCCGAUCAACUUUCGCAGCACUGUGUACUGCGCUGCAAUAAAAUAUGGUACUGAUGAGGAUUGGGAUUUCCUCUGGUCGCGGUACAAGAAAUCAAAUGUGGGAUCAGAAAAGCAGACCAUUUUGACUACCCUUGGCUGCUCAAGAGAAGUUUGGAUAUUGCAGAGUUACCUGGAGGCUGCUUUUGAUCCCAAGGGAGCCAUUCGUACACAAGAUUCUUCGCUAAGCUUCCAAGCAGUAGCCUCCAAUGAAUUGGGAUUCCUCCUGGCAAAGAAGUAUUUAAUUAACAACGUGGACUUUAUCAUUAAAUACUAUCAUCCCCAGACAAGGAGCAUGUCUCGACUUUUGCCACCUCUUUCUGAGCAAGUUACUACGGCGAGUGACUUAAAUGAGUUCAGGAACUUCGUUUACGAUUCGAGAGAGUCCCUGAAAGUUGUUGAUCAGGCGAUUCAGCAGAGUUUGGAGACAAUGCUGACCAAUGUGCAAUGGAUGGAACGAAACUAUCAACAGUUGUCCCUCUACAUCCAGCAUCAUUUAUAGACAAUUCGGUUACAUUGCUCAGAAGCUCUAAACGUCAAAAGAAAAAUUAUAAACAUUUAAAAUUUCUCAAAUAAACCACCUAAUACUCUAUAU